AUGUCGGAAGAGGGGAGAAAACUAAUAUCUGAAUUGAAUCCUUUCUAUAUAAAACUUGCUGUAGCAAGCCAGCCGAAGAGCACAGGAUACCAGGCUAGAGACCUGUGGUGGAAGUCCAUAGUGGGAACAUACGCCGACAACAAGUUAGAAGUCGGAAGGUUGAUGCUGAAGGCAUAUAAGGCAGCGUAUGGAGUCGUCCCAUACGACCUGGAAGACCUAAGAGCCGCGAAAUGCGAAGACGUCGAACAACCUCUGGAGCAUCAGAACGAGCGACCUAAACGCCAAAGGACUGCCUCUCUAAUUGCUGGGAACGAUGAACCAAGUAGACCGGAGAAGUCAGAAGAGCAGCCUAGACUUGAGAAACCGCAGAAGAGGGAACGAGAGAUCAGGGACCUAGUAGACCCAGAGAGCGACAUAGUCUUUGUUGAUAAGCAAUUCUCAAACUCAAACCUCCUUCAAUUGUCAAGUGGGAUCAACAAACGCAUGACAAAACUACAGAGCUACGUACCGUUGACAGUAUUCAACAUGGAGUGGAUUGAUGCGGAUUCCCAAAAAGCUAGUAACAAGAAGACGAAAUCGCUGAAAGAACUACAGGAGGAAGAAUCAGCCACUUACACAGGUCUUACCCCGAAAGAGGAGCUGCUCCUGACCUACGGAGACUGGAUUGACGCCAUUGAUCUGUUUAUACGAUACGUAGAGGAGCAAUAUCACAUGAAAACAUGCGCCAAGAUGCUGAAAGAGCAUAAGAAAAAUGUCAUCGAGAUCAGAAGAUCAACAGGCUGCUGGAUGAUAGCACUCAGAUAUUGCAUGAAAGUCAGACAACUUGUGAUGCAGGUGAGGAUUGGAGAAUCUGGAAAACGUGAAAUGUGUCGCGCAGGUGUCUUACACGAGGAUAUCCUACGGGCGGCAAAAGAUAAGGCCGAAUCUCUAGGGGAAAGAAGUUUUGCAGAAAAUCCUUACGCAGCUGGGCAAAAGGUUCUAGCAGAACAGACGGUCCAGAUGGCCAUCCAGCCCACAGCCCCGAAACUCACUGGAUUUGAAAAACACCAAUUUGCAUCAGGAGGUAAUGCUAGAGGCGGAGGAAGCGAUAGAGGAGGAGUUGGAUGGCGAGGACGGGGAAAGAGACAGAAAAACAAUCUUUGGGACAAGCGGAAUAACGGAGGAGCCAGCUAUUUCGGAGCACCCAAUAGCGUUUUCAACGUACCGAACACAGGGGGAACAUUUGGUCAUGACCAGCCAUUUCAACCAGCCCCACAACCAGCUCCGUACAACUCAAAUCCGUUCAGGCCCUUCAGUUUCCCAAACCAAACGCAAUCAUACGGGAAUGGGUGGAGUGACCACACAAGCACCAAUGGGGCACCGUUCGUGAACAAUUACCCGAACGGAGAGGGAUCGUCGACUUCAAAAGGAGGAGCGAACUUUGGGGGAGCAAAGAACACAGGUGGAGCUAAGUCAACCUGGUAA